AUGGCGUCACGACCGAUUCUCCUGCGCUUUGAGAGUCGGAACGGUCAGUUUCGAUUCACCGUCAAUCCGGAGGACUCAUUCCCUUCGCUCCAAGAAAAGAUUAUUGAACAUUUGCCCUCAAACGCCGAGCCAACUUCCAUCACUCUGUCGAACAAGCCGAUAGGAACCGGUGGAGAAGAACGAGAGCUCGAGGCUUUGAAGGGGGUCGCGAUUAGUCAAGUUGGCCUAAAACAUGGAGAUAAGCUCUUCAUCGGGUACCACGAGCGUACUGCUCACCAGAAUGGCCCGUCCAACGGAAUCACACCUCCUACCGGCGAGCGUCGAUUAAACGGUUCCGCCGUUCCCAAAGAACAGACUAUCCCAAUUCGCCCGCAACCAACCUCUCCUACAACAAAUAUUAAGAACCCAUGGGAUGUGGUCAAACAGUCGUCGCUAGAUGAUCUUUUGGAUAAGAGGGAUGGCAAGAUUAAACGCACCCAAGACCAGAAGAUGUGCAGACAUGGACCUCGGGGCAUGUGCGACUAUUGCAUGCCGCUGGAACCUUACGACAAGAAGUAUAUGGCCGAAAAAAAGAUCAAGCAUCUUUCAUUCCACUCCUACUUGCGAAAGAUCAAUGCCGCCACCAACAAACCAGAGGCCGGAAGCUCUUUUAUGCCACCACUCAACGAACCUUUCUACCGCGUACGCAGUGAUUGCCCGUCCGGACACCCACAAUGGCCCGAGGGCAUUUGCACUAAAUGUCAGCCUAGUGCAAUUAGUCUGCAACCUCAAGAAUACCGUAUGGUUGACCACGUUGAAUUUUCCUCUCCUGACUUGAUCAACUCGCUCUUGGACUUCUGGCGAAAAUCCGGCGCUCAACGUUUGGGGUUCCUUUACGGAACUUAUGAGGAGUACACCGAAGUUCCCCUGGGUGUCAAGGCUGUUGUCCAGGCAAUCUACGAACCUCCGCAGGUCGGAGAGGUGGACGGUGUUACACUGCAUGAAUGGCAGAACGAGAAAGAGGUGGAUGAAGUCGCUCAUCUCUGUGGCUUACAGAAAGUCGGAGUGAUCUUCACUGAUCUCCUCGAUGCAGGCCAAGGGGAUGGGUCCGUGGUUUGCAAACGACACAUUGAUUCCUACUACCUAUCUUCGCUGGAAAUCGCGUUUGCUUCACGCUUACAGGCUCAGAACCCCAAGGCCACCAAGUGGAGCCGCACAGGACGAUUUGGUUCUGACUUCGUCACAUGUGUGCUCAGCGGCGACGAUACAGGCGCCAUUUCCGUGAGCUCAUACCAGGCCACAGUUUCGGCGGUGGAGAUGACUCGAGCCAACAUCACCGAACCAUCCGCAGAGCCCUCCGUUAUGCUGGUUCAAUCAGAAGAGGAUGACGAUGAAGGCAGCAAGACACGGUACAUCCCAGAGGUAUUUUAUCGUCGCAUCAAUGAAUACGGCGCAAGCGUACAAGAAAACGCCAAGCCGAGCUUCCCCGUCGAUUUCUUGCUUGUCACACUUACACACGGUUUCCCCACCGAGUCAUCACCCCUUUUCACCAAUAGUCGUUUCCCCAUCGAAAACCGCGAGGUCAUCGGCGAGAGUCAAGAACUACGUCACAUCGCCCAGAAGCUCAUGUCGCCCAGCGACCCCAACAAGGCCAUCGAGGGCGUUUCCGAUUUCCAUCUCCUCUGCUUCUUGCACGGACUUUCGACUUUUAGCAAGGACGAGGAGGCCCUUCUUUGCCGAGUCGCAAGAACCCACGCUGCGGCCGAUGGAAUGCAGCUGUUGAAUACGUCCGGCUGGGCAACAUUGAUGACGAUCCUUCAGGAGAGUGGUGAGCGGCCCCCUAAGCGCCCCUGGCCCACCGCGGUCGAAUCUUUUCGUUCGGAUUCCCCUAGCGGGAAGCGGCGGUAUCCCUCCCCCGCUCCCCAUCCCCCGCGCUCUAUGUCUCCCAAGUCCGACAGUGAUCAGCUUGCUAAGAGGUUUAAGGGAGCUAGUCUAGAUUGA